AUUUAAAUAGAGCCUCGUCGAUCUGGCGCUGCACACACAGCGGCUGCCGGGUCCACGAUCAAUUGAGCAAAGCAAUGUUUGGACUGUUUAAUUUCAUGUCUAUUUUCGAACAAUAAAAAAUGGAGUUUUCAACUUUUAAUUGGCUGCUUCUGAUUUGUGAACAAGCGACAUGUCAAUAUCUUUACAGCAGCAUUCAUUUAACACAAGCGCUACAUGAUAGAAAAAUGUAGUCAAGUAUGAAAGCACAAGGAUUGUAUAGGCCUAAUCAUGCUAACUCCAACCUUUUGGUUGUGAUAAUGUUUGAUUUUUAUUUAAAAUAAACCAUGAAUUGAACUGAAAUGAAUUGAAAACAUGCAAGUCGCCGUCAUAACAUGCAAGUCGCCGUCAUUCGCUGCUACUAUACAAUGAAAACGCCUCGCUGAUCUAGACGAGUCACCGUCCUUCGGUUCAAAGGUUAAUCAAAGCGGUAUCGAACACUUGCUGGGGAAUUCCCACUCACCACUACCACUUCGUAUCAUACCAGUGCGAGAGUCCGGGUGCGAGAGACAACGUAUUCGCGCCAUUUUCAGACGCCAUUUUCGAGUCAGAAAUUACCGGAGAAAUCAUUUCUUUCUUCAUCAGAAUUAUCGUCUCUUUGCGUGCAUAAGACAAUAGUAUAUUGUCUUCGAUCCAUGAAUCGGAUGAUGGUGUGUCUUUUUGUGUGAAAUCAUCUUUAAUUUGAAUUGGGAGAGUGGACAGAUCGAGCUUUACUUUGGGUGAGCUGUUGCCGGCAAUAUGAUAGACAUCCUCUGGAGUAGACGUUAGACCUGGCCGGGAGCAAUAUAUCACUCACAAAAUAAUAUGGGAAGGAAAAAAAAUCGGAAGAAGUCGGGACGAGCGUCUGAUCCACAGCCUUCAUCCAAGGAGACAAGUGUACCCCAUUCAUCUCAUCAUGCUCCUGCUCCCCCUUCAGAUGCAGCUCCAUCAGAUGAAUCUUCCAUCGUCGUGGUUGAUGGGAAGACUUUAAUUUUUAUGAAAAAUGCCACAAUCAAUGUUGGCGAUGUAAACACUUUCCAUAUUGGAGAUGUUUAUCACCAUGUCAAUACUCCUGAUGAACAUGGGGGAUCUACAAGAUGCGAGGAAGUGAAAGUGGAAGCAGGAAUCGAGCCUUUACCAGAUUCUGCAACAACGGGAGAGGUUGAUGCUGAUGCUACUUCUGAAGCUGAUCCUAGCAUCCUCAAACACCUGCAGAGUGUUUACGCGAACUGGCACAAUGUGGAAAAAUGGAAAGAGAACAGAGAUUAUUGCGCCAAAUUAAUGUCCCUCUUUGAACAACAAGGCGCCCUUCUCAGUAAGGUUCGGUUCGACUCCGUCCAUUUCUUCGUUCGUGUCAAGGUUGGGCCCAACAGGGAUGCCUUCACUCAAGCCUGUAACGACCGUGACAGCACCUUCUUCCAAGGCUUGACAAAUCUCCUAGUUACUCGAGAACUAGAAGAAGCUGCUGGAAUGAAACUCAGACUAAGGCUGGAGCUGAAAACGUUCUUGCGUACAGAUGACACAUCAGCUGAGGGUUCGGAUGUUACAACCUUCAAAAGACUUCAUGAGAUGACACCCGCGGACAUAAAGAACUGGUUGGUUCAGAAUAAAGACAUACCUCUAAGCAUUGCUGAAAAACUGGAAGAGGAGGGUAUAGAUGGCAAGUUGUUAAAAAGAUAUGACGGUCGUGAUCUCAAAGAAGAUUUUCAGUUGUCUACGGGCAUGAUGCGACGAAUAAUCUAUGCUCGGAAUGACCGCUUGAAAACCGAGGAUGCCUCUUCAACUACAUCAGAUGGAAGCAAUGGUGAGAAACAAAAGUCUCAAGAAAAGGAUACACUUACACAAGAUACAGAUGCUACAACAACCCAUGGAUCUAAAGCUGGAGAAAGCGCUAACAAAACCGGGAUUGCCUCAUUGGUCGAUACGCAGCAGAUUUUGAGAGGACCGGAGAAAGUUCAAGAUGGUAUUGGCCAUCUCCAAUUCACACCCGAAGAAAAAUCGAAAGAAUUAAUGGCAAAAGCGCGAGACGAUGGCGUGAUAACCCGCAUUCCUGCAGAAGGAAGCACUGGCGCAACUGGGGAAGAUGAGAAUGAACAAAGCAAAGGGAUUUGUGUAGAGAAAGAAGGAUCAGCAGGAGAGCACCCAACUAAAAGAAAGCUGGAUUGUAAACAGAAUCAAGGGGUUCAACUUACAGAAACAAUGACAAGUGUGGGACAAGAAAGCUCCCAAUGCCUGCCACUUAGUAAAGAGGAAGAGUCGGCAGAAGAGGCGAAGUUGCGCUUUCUUCUUACUGGUAAUGAGAAUGGAUCCCUCGAUAGUUCCUUCCAUCCCAUCCUUGUUUUGAAUAAACCGAUGCUAGGUGGUUCUAAAAUAAGUGACCUGGAAAGUCUUCAAGAGAAUUUAGACUUCCUGUCUGUGGUGAACUGGAACGCAGUAUUUGACUGCAAUGCCAAAUCAUUCGUGAACGGCAUCUGUUCGAUGAUUAAAAAGAAGAGAGAAAUAAAAUUACUCCUUCCUAAGAUAUUUCACUCAGAAACUUCGACAGAAGAAAUGGAAUUCAAUGAUGUUCCUUCAUGGAUAUUUGCCAAUGGACGAGAGGAUCUUGAAGACCUUCAGAAUCCUAGUCUUGAAUGUGACUGGAAUGAGAAGUAUGGCGCUGACGUUGAUCGUGCUGUAGACUUCUUUGCAACCACUGCAAUACCAAAAGAGAGGGCUGUCAUUGUUUUCCUCAUCCUAUCUCAUGAUAACAUACAGAUAAUGAGUGACAUAUUCAAGAAAUUUCAGUCUUCACUGCAAGGAAGCGGAACAUUCACAUUUAUUGCAGAAAAUCGGGAGCUAUAUGAGAGUUGGGCAGAUGAAGUUAAAAAGUGGCUUCCAAGGGAUCAACUUGACAAACGUAGCUUUAUUUGCAAAGACUGGAAGAGAAUCAAUGACUAUAUCAAGAAGCAAUAUGGACAAGUAGCCAUUGUUCCAUUUGAGUUACCGUUUUCCACUGGUAAAUCGUGCAUUCUCCCAGACAAGAUCAGAUCCAAGUGGCUGAACAUUGAGGUUCUCCCCCGAAAUGAGUGUGAAAACACGGCUAUGAAUGAAAGUAGUCCUGGGUUUCAGAAAUUUGUUUCUGAUCAGGAACUGGCUUUCUACCAGGGAAAUGAAGUUUCUUGGUGGAACUUUCAUCUGAGUGAAGACAGUACUCGGAAGGGUGGUUAUAAUCAGGUUCUUAGACGAGAAGCCAGCAAGUCAUUGAACAAAGUAGUCAAAGAAAAGUUGAAGCCAUCAAAUAUUAGUGAUGGUUCAAACUCAGUAGUAACUAUAACUAUCUUUCAUGAACCAGGUUCGGGUGCCAGUACCACUUCAAAGCAGGUCCUUUGGGAUUUUCAUCGGAAACUUCGAUGCAUCGCUGUAAAAAGGGUCAUAAUGGCUACAGUUGAAGAAAUUCUUGAAGUACGGAAGUUUGGCUAUGGUUCAAAGGACGAAAUCCCUCCUGUCCUUGUGUUGUUGGAUGAUAUGGAUGAUGCAGAAGUUAUGGACCUAAUAGUACAGCUUGAAACAGCAACCAACGACUACGGAUGUCUGUCUUGCAUUAUCUUGCAUUGCAAAAGAACCUCUGAUCCAGAAUUGGUGGCUCUGAAUAAUGGGGUAAACUCUGUUGUCUUGAGGCAUAAGUUAAACAAGUGUGAGCAUUCAUGGUUUGAAGAAAAAUUCAAAUCAUACGAAGACGAAUACAGUCAGAGUCCAGAGAAGUUAAUCGGUUUUAUGGUGAUGAAAGAAGAGUGCAAUCCAGACUACAUUACUAGAAUCGUAUCGAAUAUCUUAUGUGAAGUGACGGGCUAUGAAUCUAUGCUACUCAAAUACAUCGCCGUCCUCAACAAAUUCAUAGAAGAUUUCGGGAUGCCUGUCUCGUGCUGUGAUGAAUUCAUGGGUACAAGUAAAAAAAGACGAUCAUCUCGUGGAAGAUCAACGAUGGAAUAUGUACCGUGGGAAAAUCUGCUUUCAAAGGCGUUGUGCUUACUUCUUAUCCAGACGAAAGUCUACACCAGGAAUGGUCCUACUAAGGCGAUUAAGCUCGUGAACCAUAUCCUAGCAACUGAGGUUGUUUCACAGCUCUUAGAGGAUAGCGGUCAGACGAUUGGAAAUAUUUUCAGGGAACUAAUGAAUGAAUCUCGCAUUCUUGAUUCAAGAGCGUAUACGAGUAAGUAUAUGAUAUACAAGAUACAUGAGUUAUUGGUACGCCGCAAACAAGGAGACAUGUUCUCCCCUUUCGUUGAACAUCUUCUUACUGAGGACAAGAAGAUGGCAUUCUUAAUUCUCCAGGAAGCUUCGGAGAAAUUCAAGGACGGGCAUAUAGCACAGCAAUUAGCUCGCCUGUACAAAUCCGAAAACAACCUCGUUGAGGCGCAACGAUAUGCAGAAAUGGCAGUGAAAUGCCAGAAUCGCCCCUUCUUUUGGGAUACAAAAGGCCGCAUAGUACUUGCAGAGAUGAAGAAAUUGAAGAAGAAUACUGAGCCUCUUCACGACACUGACAAAAUCCGGAAUCUACUGUCUCUUCUCGAUGAUGGAAUGAAUUUCUUCAGAACAUGCCAGGAUCUACAAAAUCUAGAACCCAGCCUGGGUUCAAACUAUGCUGCCUACAGCGGUGAGCUCAAAGUUAUUUUCACUUUUCUGCAUAUAAUGGAGCAACGCAUUGCACCUUUCUGUCGAUCAAAUGGAAUGCAAAAAAUGAAAGAUUUCUUUCUUACUGAUGAGGACAUAUCAGGAUUAGGUAAAUUGUGGAAUGAUCGUCGACAACACCUCAAGGCUGUGCAGAAAAGAACAGAGGUUACCCUUGAUCAUGUUAGUGAUCUCUUGACGUAUAGCAGGGGAAUAACUAGAACAAAGCAAGACUCACAAGAUGAAGUAAAGAUGAGGAAUGACGAGCUCGUCAGGUUUUGUGAAGAUUAUCUCAGAUUCUUCACAGUUGACAACGAACAACAUCCUCCGCGAUCCGUUCAAGAAAAUCCCGAUUCUAUGAGUUCAUGGAGAAGAGCACAGGUAAAAGCGAUGAAAGCUGAUUCCUUCAAUGCCAUUUUCAAAUUAGCUCAAAAUGGUAAGAUGAAAUACCUCAAGAAAGUACAAGAAAUACUGAUUGCAAUUAAAUCUAAGAAUGCAUUCGAUCUCAAGAUUUUAGUGUGUAUAUCAUUUGCUUUGUCAUAUCUUGAUGAAAAUAUUGACUAUGACACUGUUAUCAGACAAGUAGAGAAACUAAACGAAGUGAGCAACGGUCUAUAUGGGGCCUUCUUCACGAUGAUGCUGGCCUGGCCAAGAGGUAACUUGCCAGCGGGAUACAGGAGCGUUAAGGUGUCAACAGAGAAGGCUGUUGUACAAUUACGAGGGAAAUGGAACGAUUUACAACACAAUGAUCCACAGAAGCGUGGAAUGCAGAAUGCCUAUGACAGGUCUCUUCCACGUCACCAGACAAUUGUGCGAAAACCUCUCACUCAUUUCUUGUUGACGAAUGGAGAAGGCUUGCAGGCAUUUGUUCACGUCAACAUGUUCCACGCAUCGCAGUCCACACUAGAAGGAGAAAAACACAGGUUUUGGAUGAGGAAGGAAGUCACUGACCGAUUGAUACGUCUACAAGGUACUAUCCUCGAUAGAGAAAGAUUAGUAUUUCGAACACCGGCCAAAGAACAGAUCUAUAUCAAACUUUCUUCUAGAUGGCAGAAUCAACCUAGUCAUGAGAGGGUGACAUUUUACCUCGGAUUCAACUUCGCUGGACCAGUAGCGCAUGACGUCUCAGACUCAGAGAGGGAUAGAAACCCAACCCCAGUGCAGGUAAAGGACUAUCGGGAAACAUUCCCAGGAUAUCUAAUUGGUCAGCUCAGUCAACUGCAAAAGAAAGAAAGUGACCUUGUAUACAAACUAGAAGAAAUAGACUACAUGUCAAAGAAGAGGAGAAACAGGCAGCAACUUACACCUGAAGAUAAGAAGCUAUUGCAAACCAAGCCAAAACUGGAAGAAGAACUGGCACGAAUCAGGUUACAGAUCCAAAAAGAAGUCGAUAAUAAUGAUGACGACGAUGAACAGUUUUUCCUUGUUGGAAGAAGAAGGGGCAGACAGAGACUAACGGGGGCUGUUUCAAAGUAAAUCCGAGUUUACCUUAAUUUUCGUCGGACACAUAAACCUUUCCCCAACGGUGUCAUAUCAUUGCCAGGUAUCCCCCUAAUUUAGUCUAUUUUAUCUGAAUGUUUGUAUCUGUUGGGAAAUAUUUAAAUGUAUGACACCACCAUGUCAAAACAGAUUGCAUAGAAUCCGCAAAGUAGUUAAAGUAUGCUUGGAACAUACGUGUGUAUCUUUGAAUAUAAAGUAGUAAAACGCUCAAUGUCUAAGAG